AUGGAAGAUUUAAUCAUCUUCAAAUUCAUUGAAAGAUCACAUUUCGCUACAUGUUUACCCGUAUAUCAACCAAAUCAUCCAGGCAUUGAUAUCCCCAAUUUUAAUGGUUCAUUCUUAGAUUGGGCACUUUUACAAAUGGAAAUUACACAUUCUCAAUUAAGAAGAUUCGAGUCGCCUGAUGAAACUCCAUUUUUCCCCGAUCAAAUCUUAAAACCAAUAUUACCAAGCAUCAAUUAUCCAAGAGUCUUGGCAUCAUAUGCUCCUGAAGUUAAUUAUAAUGAUAAAAUUAAGAAAGUUUACAUCGAUAAAAUUGUCCCAUUGAUUUCUAAAUAUGAUGGUGAUGAAACUGAUAAUUAUGGAUCUGUGGCAACUAGAGAUGUAGAAUGUUUACAAAGUUUAAGUAGAAGGAUCCAUUUUGGUAAAUUCGUAGCUGAAGCAAAAUUCCAAUCUGAUAUCCCAUUGUAUACUAAAUUAAUUCAAAAUAAAGAUGUGGAAGGGAUUAUGAGAAAUAUUACUAAUUCUGCAGUAGAGGAGAAAAUCUUAUUAAGGUUGACUAAGAAAGCUGAAGUUUAUGGUGUGGAUCCGACAAGUGAAGAUAGUGAAAGAAGAAUAACUCCAGAAUAUUUGGUUAAAAUUUAUAAAGAAAUCGUCAUCCCUAUUACAAAAGAAGUUGAGGUAGAGUAUUUGUUAAGAAGAUUAGAAGAUCAAUGA